AUGACUACUGAAACAAUACAUGGUGUUGCAAAAUUAGCAAACAUCAUCAAUGUUAGAAUUUUUGAUAAAGAUAGAUAUGCAGAAGAUUCUGCAAUUCUAAAAGGUGUAAAUUAUGUGAUUAAUGCUCAUAAAAAUGAUAUAAAAAAAAACAGUAUUAUCAAUAUGUCUUUUGGUGGUCCUUAUUCUGAAACUAUAGCUAAAUUAGUCAAGAAGUGUACUAAUAAUGGUAUUCAUGUUGUAGCCACAGCUGGCAAUGAUUAUAGUGAUACAUGUUCAGUAAUUCCAGCUGCUGCUCCUUCAGCUAUUACAGUUGCUGCCUCCGAUAAAUUAGAUCAAAUAGCUAAUUUUUCAAAUUAUGAAUCAUGCAUUGACAUUUAUGCCCCAGGAAAUAAUAAUAAUAGCAUCAUUUUUAAUGGAACAAGCAUAUCUGCUCUUUAUGUUGUAGGCACAGUAGCGCUUUAUAUUUCAACUUAUAGUAACUUACAUCCAUCAAAUAUGUUUGAAGCAAUUAUUUCAUUAGCAACUAAAAAUAUUAUUACAGGAAUUUCUAGUAGAAAUGAUACUUAUUUUAUGCGUGCUAUAUUUGGAAAUCUUUUAUUAACUGAAUCAGGCAUGUUGUUGGAUGAAUUAGGAGUUCUAUGA